AAAAAUAACAAAUUGUGUUCUAGGAAUAAUCAAAUUAUUCGCGAAGUAACGGAAAUUUGCGGGAGUUUUAUUCAAUAAGUAUAAAAUUGUCGUUUAUUAUAACAUAUACCAUGGAUAAAGAUUCUUCGAGGAUAUUGUCCAUGAACAAGACGUUGGAAGAGGUUCGAGCGCUAAAUGCAAAAAACGACAAACUGCUCAAAGACUUCGGCAUCGACCUUACCAACCUAAGCGACGCAGCACAAGAAACAUUGGAAGACUAUGCCAAAAUCAAAUACCUCACCGGUCUAACGGAAAUGGAUCCAUCCUUCGUCGAAGCUUACUGCUACCAAGAGCAAGCCAAACGCCUCGAAGCACGCCUGCAAUCGCUUCCACUGAAGGCCGACAUCAAGAAACUGAAGGCGGCCAUCCAACGAGAACAGAACGACCUCACCAAACUGGAGAGAUUUGUGGAGGAAACACAAGCCCAACUGGUUCCCACCGACGAGAUGGAGAAGAUGCGCGUCACCCGCGAGGCGCAAAUCGAGAUGCUGCGACGUAAGCAGAGGCCCCUCAUGGAAAAAGCGGACGCCAUCAAUCUCGACGAGCUGAUAGCCAAGGUCGAUGCACUUGAGGCCGAGGAGAAUAAUUAAAUGCGUUUUUUUUUAUCGAUACUGAUGCUGUGUGUAUACAUCAACCGGGCUGUGAUUCCCCGCGAGGGGCGCGCGCGGUUCAAAUAUUUAUAUCACUUCCUUUCUGGUGGCGCGUGCAAUAUAGGUAAUGAAGAAAAAUAAACUAUUUUUUGUCACUUCGGAUUCCUGUCUCACAAGCAGGUUUCGUGUGAUUCCUAUCUAUGCUUGGCAAUAACAAUAUUCCUUUCACUUUAUCAUCGUCAAGUUGAGUUUAUUGUAACUUGUUUACGCGAGAAUUUGCAACCGUUUUACUGCCCCUCUUGGCAUGUCAGUCCCAUGUUGUUUCUAAUGCGAAUCAUAUUUUUGUCUCUCACGAGCCCAUUUAAAAUAAAUUUGAUAUUCUUCUCGCCUCAUUUCACAGCUCAAUGUGCCACGAAAAGUUUAUGCAUCACAUGAAUACAUUUUUAUUGA